UAGCAUAGAAGUUCCCAUUUAUGUACUGUUUAUCUUCUCCCAUUCAUCGUGUCAUAUAAUUGGCAAUCAACCCCCACCGGCAUCGGUACCGCCGCCGGUGAUAAUUCCUACAUACCAGUACCACCUCAAAAACCCUUCAACAUCCCUCUUACUCCACCAUUACUUCCCGAUUUCUCCCCUUCACCUCUUCAACAUGCUGCUUCCAUGUCUGAAAUCAAGAUCAAUAAUCCCGAUCCUAGGCCCAUGCCCUAGCCCAUUCUUGAGGAGGAGGAUGAUGAAGAAUUAGAGAACGAAGGCUCUUUGAGGAAAAGAAGAAGUAAUAGAAACGUUGGUGUUGGUGGUGUGAAUAGCAGUAGAAGAUUAGAGGAUGAAGAAGAUGAAGCUCCACCACCUUUGCUGCGUUGGUACUUUGAUUGCUCAUGAGGUUUCAAAGAUGCUCGAGGCUACAAGAUUGCACUAUCACUCCAAUUUUGCUGAUAAUAGAGGCACUACUGCAUUGCACCACUUGAUAGUUUUAUCUCUAUGUGGAUUGUGGAAAUUUGAAAAUUAUUUGCUUUUGAAUUGUAUCUCUAGCCACAUCAAUCUUGAAAUCACCACACCUCACUGCAUAAUUGUUUGAUGAUGAACUUCUAAUUUUAACUGCUAAUUUUAAGACAAAUUGACGGGAAUGGUGUUGAUUACUUAAUAGCUUUUACUGGAUGUCUAGCUCGUUUGUUCAAAAGGAAAGAAUCAAUCUGUGUGUCUGUUCUAUGUAUUUUGUCUUUUCACAAGAGGAGCUAGACUUCAUUGAAUGUUGAGAAGGCACUAGUUAUUAAGGUGGAUACAAUAGAGGAUUGUUCUAGAGUUAAAAGCAAAGGAACAAUUAGAAAAAUCCAUAAAGAACUAUUUAGGGCCUGUUUGAAUUACUUUUUAAAAACUGUUUUCUACUUUUUAGCUAAGUACUUCACAUGGUUGAGUAUCUCUGUGUUGUUACGAUUGUUUUGCUGUUGUUUCAUAUUUUGAAGCGUAGUUGUUACUGUUUUGAAUUGGAUUUUGUUUGUGCAUCUGGUGUGUUCAUAACUAGUUUGAAUUGGAUUUCUGUCUAUGCAUCUGGUGUGUUCAUAACUAGUUUGAAUUACUAUUGUGCUCAUAUUUUGAAUCGUAAAUGCGGCUGUUUUGAAAUGGUGAGACAGUAAUGUUUUAAACUAAUUUGAUGUGAUUCAUUAUUACUAUAUAAACAGGUUGAAGAAUGUGAAAGAGUAUGAAGAACACUAGCCAUCGGCCACAUUUCGCUGCUGCCUCCUCAUCGGUCGGAUCUACAGCCUCCUCAUCAGUCACACCUUCUUCCUCCUCGGCAACGUCUGCUUAUGCCGGUGGGCCUGUCACUGCUGCACAAGUAACAUACCUCACUCCACUUGAAUGGAUCCUCAUUGAGUUUAGAGCUUAAACAAAAUGGAUUCUCAAAUCAAACAUGCUAUUGCUGUCAAGGUUAUGGGUCGAACUGGUUCUAGAGGACAGGUGAUUCAAGUUAGGGUGAAGUUUACAGAUGACACCAACCGUCACAUCAUGACGAACGUAAAGGGACCAGUUAGAGAAGCAAGAAGGUUGCGCUAGAGAAACUCAACGGUCUGGUGCAGGAUUGGUCUGGUGUAAGAUUCUAUGAAACAUUUGUUUCUUUCACCAUAAGUUAUUUAGAUUGGACAAUUACUUCCUUAAUAUAAUGCAUGUUCUGGUGUUGUGCAAUUGCAAUUUCAGUGAAACAUGUUGGAGAGCUUCAGAGGUUUGUGUGAUAUUCUUAAUAAAAUUGGAAGAGGAAGUAUAUCACUUAAAAUUGGUGGGUAUAAAUUUGACAAAUAUACGUUAGGGACUUUGGACUACGUGGUAGAGAUAGUGAUACUUGAGGGACUGAAUGGGAGUUUAUUUGAUGAUUAUUCAAUAUCAUAUCAACUUUGAGGGUGAUGAAUAAUGAUAGUGAUUUUGUGUUUCUUAUGAUUAAUUUUGCAGGAGCUAAACUUGGGGAGAGAUAAAAUAAAAACACUGGAGCAUGAGCUUUUGUGGAGGGUUGCUUUGAUUAAUGGAAACACCUUCAAAAUGCAGGUUUGAUUGCUUCACUGAUAAAACAGGAGGAGUAAGUUUGUCAUGAACUUGUGGAACAUUUGGAAGAGCCGCACUGUUAAAUUGUGGGAUAAUGUGAAUCCAAACCAUCAGACUGUCAUUAACUGCGGCUGUAUUUUUUUGCACGCUGGUUUCGAGCACAACAGUGCUGCGGACUAGAAUCAGUUCAGCAGACGUACACUAUUCAGAAUUGGUUCCAUCCACCACUGGGCUGCUAUCAAUGCAAUAUUGGCGCAUGCUUUUUCCAGCACAAAAGGAAAUCCUCAUUUGGCAUGUUCUUGAGAGACCAUAUUGGCAGAUUUAUCACCGCUAUAAUAGAUUCAGUACUGUUAGCAAGGUAGUGGCGGACCAAGAUUAACAAGUCAAUGAAUAAAGCUUUUGCAUUUGGUUCAAUCAUUAAGUCGUGUUUGAAGAAUUUUAUAUCCUUUUCCCACUUAGUGUAAGUUGUAUUCAAGAGACAAGCAAAUGGUGUAGCUCACUCUAGUUCGAGUGACACCUUCAAUACUAGCUGUGUGUAUGUUGAGUUAUCAAGCAAAGAAUGAAGUGACCAAAAUAGCAAUUUGGUUUUUGCCGACUAUUUUCUCGGUACAAACUCACAUAAUAUCUAAUUGUCACUAAAAAUGUUGUCUAUCAUAGCAAUAUGUGAUGGCAUGGAAGGCACAAACACAGGUCAUGAUGAAAAAAUACCAUAACAAGUUUAUGGGGACCUUUGAUAAGAUUUCAAAGAUAUUUUUACCAGUACAUGAUUCUGAAUGCUCACAUUGGUUCGUGCUCGUGAUCUACUUUGACAAAAAACAGUUAAUUUAUCUCGACUCACUUCCAAGUCAUUCAGCCUGUGCUGACAGGAUGCGAAGUAUUAAGAAACUGGCUUUGUAUAUGGAAGAGUUCCUCAUGGACUCCUCUUUUUAUAUGACUUGGACAAGAAAUAAACCGAACAUAUCCGAAUUUAGCCUAGUCACUCCUAAGGAUUUGGGAAUGCAAGCAGCUAACUCGAAUGAUUGUGGAAUAUGGGUGAUAAAGUGGAUGAUGGAAAAGGGCACAAAUGAGUAUCAAAUUGAUGUGGAUGAAGGUACAAGACUCAGGAUAGCAUUGGAUUUGAUAUUGGAUCCUUCAAACUUAUUGAAUGAGACAACUUUGGCCGUUGCAAAACAGUCAAGGAGGGUCGAACAAAUCAACUGAGUCACUCUUAGUUGUUGAAUUGAACUUUAUUUGCUUUUUUUAGUGUGGUACAAGGAUUUUAUUUGUUUUCUACCACUCAGUAUUGUUGACUAGUUUCUAUUUCGACUUUGCUUUCGUCUUAUUUUUGAUAGCUUAUUAAUGUCAAAUCUCCUUUUUUUAUUAU